AUGCCCAAAGCCAACAAAGCCGCAUCGAAUCCUGCCCCAGGGACCCUUCGCCGAAGUCUGCGGCUCAGGGCAUCCGCUAACUACGCUGUCGACAUCGAUGCACCAAGCCGUACUUGGAAUACCAUUUGGGCCCCCUACCUCUAUGAAAAGCUAUUCUUCCGCGAGUACCAGCAGACUCGCAGCUAUCCCAAGAUGCACUCAUACGGCCAUCAUGUCAAGAGUCUCCAACUCCUCUCCAUCUCCGUAGAAUGGAACAAUCUCGUCUUCCUUCUCAACUUUACGACCAGCCUACACUCGCUCUUCCUCGGCAACACAAAAUUGAGUACUUUGCAGCUUCAGGAGCUCGCUGAGAUAGCACCACAGCUUCGAGUUCUGCAUAUCACCGUGAGGUACCACGAGGCAAAGCCGUUGGAGUGCCAAAUGACUCCUGUAUCCGCAUUCAAGCACCUGGAGGACUUUUACUGGAAUACCCUGACCGAUAUCCGCAUCAACGAUAUUCUUUUCGUGCUUAAAUCAUGUUCUCAUCUCCAGUCACUGGCCUUGACAAUCAACACGCUAGUCGAGGAGAUUGAUGACAUCAAAAACAGCAGUUUGAUCGUCGAUGGUAUGCCAGAGUUGAUCAAAGUGGACGAUGACGGCUGGGCAAGGGCAUCGCUCCGAACGUUGAGCUGGGACAGUGCGAUGUUAGGACCACGACAAUCCUGCUUGGACUACUCGAAACAGCCACAUCCUUGCAUCCGCCGCCUCUUUCAGCACACACCAAAUCUCAGGAUGGUCAAGAUCACCGGCAAGAACAACAUCAGCCCUCAGGGCUGGGACUGCAUGUUCGAGAAUCAAGCCAGCAUCCAAGAGAUCGAGCUUGAGUUGACUGUCCUAGCAUUCGAAGGCGGUUCUCGAGCCGGCGAUUCGGGGUUCUUGAGCGCCGUGUUAAAAUCAUGCUCGAACCUCAAGAAGUUUACUGCCAAGCAUAUACCGCCUACAACGGACGAGGCGUUUGCGGAGGUGAUGCAGAUCAACCACGGGCUUCAAAAGGUAAGCGUCAAAUGCACGGACUUCGCGGACUUGGCCCUCCACCAACUGGCACGCCUUCCUCCAACACUCACUUCAGCAGGAACCUCGCAUAGCCUUGUUGAACUCGAUGUGAAGGGAUGUCUUCAUAUCACCAGCCGUAGUGCCAUCGAGAUAUUCGAGAACUGUCCUCUCCUGCGCAAUUUGAAUCUGUUGGGCACCAAAGCCGGUACAAUCGAGCUUCUCAAGGGGUGCAGGCCCUGGCCUUGUGCCAAGGCGCUGGAGAGCCUGCAUAUAGACAUCCAACCACUCAACUACCAACACCGGCCGCUUGAUGCAGGUUGGACGCAUCCUGGACAAGCUGAACAAAUUGGACAAGCGGAGGGUGACGCGAUGACAUAUGAAAUCUUGGAGGACUUUUCGUUUGCGCCGAAGCUUCGAAGGGCUAUUCUGUGUGUUCCGUUCAAGGCAGAAUGCUAUAGAAUGAACCGUGAGAAGAGAGAAAUGGCCCUGGAGCGUGGCAAGGCAUUGUUCCCGAACUGGAUUGUGCAGAAUGGGUCAGACAUGAUUCCGCACGAUUCGUUAGUAUCAUCGUUGCCAAUGCCAGAAGGGGCGCUUUGGUAUCCUAAGUACGAUUUAUAUAAUUAA